AUGGAGGCCAAAGGAGACAGCUCGAAAAUCUUGGACUAUGUGGCGAGAUCCCUCAACGAGGAAGAGGACUUUCAUUUCCUUCGUCUGGAGUUCCUCCAUCGUCUCAAUAUCGUCGAGCUACAGAUCCAGCUUGUGCAAAUAAAGAGGCGUAUCCAGAACGAGCAUGUAUCAGAUGCUGAAUCGCUGGAGAAACUCCGCGUUGGCCUGAAGCACUAUGCAACGGCGAUUCGCGACUAUCAGUUCCUCAGAAACAUGAAGAAUGUGGAGAAGGCGAGCAUUCCGCAUCGCAAGCUUCUGCUACAAAAAUACUUCGACGCCGAGCUGGACCUUGACGAUCCAUACGAGGCACAUUACGCAUACUGCCAUGAUGUAAACGCAAACAUCGACCCCAUUCGCGAGUCUCUGCUCAAGUACAUCCCCGACAACUUGGCCUUCUCACGCUCAAAGUGCCUUCAGAAGGGCGAUGGCGACUUGCCCGAGGGAAAGCCUCCCCGUUCAGUCUCACCAUUUGUCGACCGCCUCGCCCGCUUCAUCAUCUCCUUCAUCGGGCCCGUCUUUCUUGUUGCGCCCAUGAUCAUCAUGACGCUCAACCCGUCGCAGACGAAAAGCUUGGUGACGGUGUCUGUGGCCGUCAUCAUCUUCUCACUGCUUCUGUCGUUUGGCGUCCGCGUUUCUAAUGUCGAUACCCUGGUCUCUACCGCCACGUACGCUGCGGUGCUUGUGGUGUUUGUCGGCACUUCCACUGGCGGCUCUAAUUCGUGA